GCAUUCUAGAGCCUGCAGUACUACUCAAGGUUUGCAGGCGCGGCUGAAGGAGGGGACAGGAGGCGGAGGGGAAGACUUGGCUGUUUCAUAUCUGCGAUCACGCCUUUCCCCGCCCCCUCCAGUCCCCUUGCAUACUUGCCUCUCUGAGUUUUCCUCCUUCUGGAAUUUUCCUUUGACUUUUUUUCGCAUUUCACUCGGUGGGUUUCCUCGGAGACUCAGCCUGCUUUCCUUCGCCCGCGUUCAGUAUCUCGCUUCUUCUCAGGGGAGAGAGCGUCGUCACUAUGCAUACGACAGGGUCGGCGGCUGCGGUGACGGGCGCUGGGCUUUCGGGGCAGCAGCAGCAGCAGCAGCCCAGCAGCGACGGGGAUGGGCGCUUCAGCGUGCUCAGCUGGGAGCAGGUGCAACGGCUGGACCAGAUCCUCGAGGAAGCCGUCCCUAUUCACGGCCGCGGCAACUUCCCCACCUUGUCGGUGCGGCCGCGUAGGAUCGUGCAGGUAGUCCGCAGCCGUCUAGAAAAGCAGGGCAUUGCUGUCCACAACGUGCGACUGAACGGCUCGGCUGCCAGCCAUGUGCUGCAUCAGGACAGUGGUUUGGGCUACAAAGAUCUGGAUCUCAUUUUUGGUGUAGAUCUGAAAAGUGAGGAUGUCUUCCAGCUGGUGAAAGAUGUGGUGAUGGAUUGUCUCCUGGACUUCCUCCCAGAAGGGGUAAACAAAGAUAAGAUCACUCCCAUGACUCUGAAGGAAGCCUAUGUGCAGAAGCUAGUGAAAGUGUGCAAUGAAACGGAUCGUUGGAGCCUUAUAUCCCUGUCGAACAACAGCGGGAAGAACGUGGAACUCAAAUUUGUAGACUCUCUCCGGCGGCAGUUUGAGUUCAGCGUUGAUUCCUUCCAGAUCAUCUUGGACUCGCUAUUACUCUUUGGGGAGUGUUCAGAGAACCCCAUGUCUGCCAAUUUCCACCCUACCGUCACAGGGGAGAGCAUGUACGGGGACUUUGAGGAGGCCAUGGAUCACCUGAGGAACCGGAUCAUUGCCACCAGGAAUCCGGAGGAGAUCCGAGGUGGUGGCCUGCUGAAGUACUGCAAUCUCCUUGUCCGGGGAUUUAAGGCCAAAUCAGAAGUGGACAUGAAGGCCCUGCAGCGGUACAUGUGCUCUAGGUUUUUUAUAGACUUCCCCGACAUUGGGGAGCAGCAGCGCAAGCUGGAAGCCUACCUGCAGAGCCACUUUGUUGGGAUGGAGAGCAAAAGAUACGAUUGCCUGAUGACCCUGCACAGGGUGGUGAAUGAGAGUACAGUGUGCCUGAUGGGACACGAAAGGAGGCAGACGCUGAACCUCAUUGCCAUGUUGGCUGUGCGGGUCCUGGCGGAGCAGAACAUAAUCCCGACCGUCACGAACGUGACCUGCUAUUACCAGCCCGCGCCGUACGUCAGUGAAAUCAAUAUCAACUACUAUGUGACUCACAUGCAACCCCUCCUGCCCUGCAGUCACUCCUACCCCACUUGGCUCCCCUGUAACUGAGUCCUGAAUCGCCCCUCCAGGUUUGGUCCUCUUGGGGGCGGAGGCCCUUUGCUUGGAGGUGGACGGAACUCUCGCUCCUAUCUUGGAACUCAGUCGGUCUGCUGUAUAUUGUGGGGAAUUGUGCAGUGUUAUGAGUAGUUACCAGCGAUGUUUACAGUAAGAGGGGGGGAAAGCUUGUGUUAUGUAUGGGGUGAGUGGGUAGGGUUAGGUAAAAAGGUAGAGCUGCCCAACCCAAGAGGCAAGUGGACUUGCUUUGAUAGUACAAGUGUUGAGGGCUGUGCAGAUUCUGUUUCUAAAGAGAUGCCCGAGUGGCUGAUUCCUUCUUCAAGGACCAAAGAAAUCCUAUUCAAGUGCCUGCAACCAAUAAAUUGUACUGUAUCCUUUGUUUUUUUUGUAGGGGCAGAGCUCCCUAUUGCUAGAUUAGGGAGAUGGAAGAUUAUUGGGGGGGACGUUAGGGUCACCUGAUCAUUUCUGUCAAGGGAACCAGAAUGGGCAGGGCGUGGUCUGCAAAAGCAGCCACUGCUCUGUGGCUUGCUGUUAGUGGUGGACCAGCAGUAUUGAUUAAUGGGCAGAGCAGAGUUGGGGGGGGGGGACAGCCCUCUGUGGAAAUAGGGAGAUGCUGGCUUGAUGAGUGGCUGUAACAAAUUUUCAUGAAGGCUAAAGAAUGGGAACCUGCCCCAGAGUUGCUCUACUAAACAUGAAGUGCCAACAGCCUGAGAUGUCAUGAUGUAAAGGAUCCGGAGAAGUGUGCUAGAUCAAUACACCUUUUAAGGAAGGGGCAAAAUUAUGUGGCCCUAGAAGCCCCCCGUUGGCUGCCAGCUGGUGCUUUUGGGUGAAGCAAGCUUGGCCUGAAGCACAAGUGGCCCGGACUGAUCUGUCCUAGGUAGCAGUUGUGGGGCUGAGGGUGGGUGUUGGGCCAAGAGCCCUCCCCCACCCCAGGAAAUAGCAGAUUCUCCAGCACUGUCCCCAGCCCUGACAGCUGCGCUCUUCUUGAACUGGUUGCCUGUGCCCAGCUGCUCAGCUCCACACCAAAAAUGGGAGGAAAACUCCCCAACGGUUCUUCUGCAGUGGGCAAGAGGUAGGGGGAGGUUGGAUCCCCAAGAUGGCUGGUGUCUUGUACAGGCUUUGAAGUUGCUAUUGACUGCAGCACAAAAAUGGUCCCUCUCCCGAUGUGUUGGAUGGCUAAGUGAUUGCUUGUGCAAUGCGUCAGUUCAGGUUAAUUCUUUCUGCUUUUUUAGAAAGCCAAGGCAGCGAGCACUCUAGCUUUUUUUUUUGGCAGGCUUGCUCCAGAAGGGCUAUAUGGGAUGCUCCUUGAAGGCUGACUGAUUUAAUGUGUUUCUGCAAUAAAGCUGUAUCAUGUUGGGGCAGGCUGAAAAGUGAAAUAAAAUAUCAUACAUGGAUUGUG